AUGGCAAUAUCACUACAGAGUAUACUAGACAGUUUAAAUAUAAAUAAAAUAUGUGAGUUGGUUCGCUCCUGGGCAAACAUAUUUAUCAACUUAGUCAUGUUUUGUCUGGCCAAAUUCAGUGGGCUAAUAAAUAAGUUCUUUUUAGAGCCUAGAAACAAUGUAUUUGAAUAAAAUAUAUAUAUGCAGCUAGUAAUCAUUCUCUUCUACCCAGAAAAUAAAAUAUAACC